AUGGAGACGGGCUGGAGCAGCGGCGGCGGCGGGGCUGUCAGCGCGCGCGGCUGCGAUCGCGCGUCCGCGGGGGUCUGCAGGAGGAAGGAGGAGGCUGGGGCCGGGACCCUCGCGGCAGACAUGGACUUGCAUUGUGAUUGUGCUGCGGAAACGCCGGCCGCGGAGCCGCCGCCGUCGGGGAAGAUUAAUAAAGCUGCUUUCAAAUUAUUCAAGAAGAGGAAAUCGGGUGGCACCAUGCCCAGCAUUUUUGGGGUCAAAAACAAAGGGGAUGGGAAAAGCUCGGCUCCGACGACGGGGAUGGUGAGGAGCAGGACCCACGACGGGCUGGCGGAGGUAGUGGUGCUCGAGGGGGGCAGGAAGGAGGAGCCGCGAGGGCCGGGCGACGCCGGCGGGGCUCGGCCGAACCCCGGGCCCCCCAGAGCCGCCGCGCCCGGCCUGGGUUCUCUGGCGCCCGGCUCCGUGGCCAAGUCCCACAGCUUUUUCUCCCUGCUGAAGAAGAACGGAAGGCCGGACCCCGGCAAGGGGGACCCCGCGGACGCGAGCAAGGCAGCCGGCAAACAAAAGAGGGGGCUGAAAGGCAUCUUCAGCAGCAUGCGCUGGCACAGGAAGGACAAGCGCGGCGGCGAGGGGCCGAGGCCGGCGCGCGCGGCCGCCCCCGGGAGCUUGGUGCUGCCGGGCUCGCUGACCGCCAGCCUGGAGUGCGUCAAGGAGGAGCCGCCCCGCGCCCAGGAUGCCCCGCGACACCCAGCAGGUGAGCUCGGAGGGGGACCGCAGGCGCCCGCCGCCGCCCAGCGCGCCCCGGAGGGCGAGGCCCCGAGCCCCGGGGGCGCCCAGGACAGCAGCCCGCGGGCCGAGGACGCGGCAGGGCACCGGGAGCCGGGAGCCGGCGAGGCGCACGCGGUGGAGGCCGAGGACGCUUCCAGGACAGGGGACGUUGCGCCAGAGACCGUCCCCCUGGCCGACUCCGAGGGCGGCAGCGCACGGGCGUCCACAAUCCCCGACCCUUCCUCUGUCGAUCCACCCUCAGACCCAUCGGCCGAUCGUAUUUGUUUGAUGUUUUCUGACGUGACUUCACUGAAAAGCUUUGACUCUCUUACAGGCUGCGGAGAUAUUAUUGCAGACCCCGAGGAGGAGGCAGGUCCCAGCUGUGACAAGCAUGCCCCCGGGCCAGGCAAGCCAGUGCUGUCUAAAAAGACCCCCGGAGGCGUGGUGGCCUAUCAAGGAGGCGGGGAGGAGAUGGCCAGCCCAGAUGGGGUGGACGACACCUAUCUCCAGGAAUUCUGGGACAUGUUGUCCCAGACCGAGGAGCAAGGGCAAGGGCCCCAGGAGGCGGUGGCAAAGGUGGCCCCAGUCCCGGAAACCAAGGUGGCGCCUGAGACCUCUAAAGAUGCCCGGGGUGCGGAGUCAAACAAGGAUGCGUCCUCGGUCAAGCGCAGGAGAGUCCACAGGGUCCCCACCGAGCUGCAUUCGAAGGAGGAGCCCAAGCACUCGGAGAAGGAGCCGCAAGAAGGUGUCCCCAACAGUGACGAGGGCUACUGGGACUCCACCACGCCUGGCCCAGAGGAAGACAGUGCGAGUAGCGGGAAGAAGUCGGGCCUCCCCCGGGACAGCGACAGCGGCGACGCACUCUACGACCUCUAUGCAGACCCGGAUGCCAACCCCGCCGGCCCCCCUGCCAGCGAGGAGACGGCCGGCUUGUCCCGAUUGAAGCCGGUAUCUCCAGGUACCAUCACCUGUCCACUGCGAACACCAGGCAGUUUACUGAAGGACUCGAAGAUCCCUAUUAGCAUCAAGCAUCUCUCGAACCUUCCAUCCAGCCACGCUGUUGGGCACCAGCAACCAGCCAAGAGUGAGUUACGCAGAACAAAAAUACCAGUCUCCAAAGUGCUGGUCCGAAGGGUCAGCAACCGGGGCUUGGCUGGGACCACCCUCCGGGCAGCAGCAUUGCAUGACAGUGCCAAAAAGUUGUGA